AUGGCACUUGGACCAUAUACUUGCGCCAAAUCCUCACGUCAGCAUCACGAUACAGGAAGUUGCAGUCGAGGCACCCCUCUUGAAGUGAUGCCUGAAUUUGUGACUGCUCUACACGACUUCGUGGCAGAGGAUGAAGAGGAUCUUCCAUUCCGAUCUGGGGACCGUAUAGAGGUCAUUGAAAAGGAUGGUUCGUAUGACGAUGCCUGGUGGAAGGGCCGCAAUCCACAAGGAAAAGUCGGUCUCUUUCCGUCAGUCUUCACCGCACCAGCACCAUCUUCCACCGAUCCACUAUACGAUAUAUUUGAGGAAGAGGAAUCGGGUAACGAGAUCCACGACGAGGACCAAUUAAGCCAGGGGGAAAGUUCAAAGCACGAGGCACACACAGACCACGAGGAACAACACCCAAAGGACGAGAAUCAACCACAGGUCGACGAGGUUGAUGAACACCAAGUCGAAGGGGAACAUUUAAAGAGCGAGAAACAAUCACAGGUCGAACAACAGACAGUUGUCGAGGAACGCUCAAUCGACAAGGAACAGCCGGACGAUGAGGAGCACCCACACGACAAGGAUAACUCAUACAGCGCUAGGCGAUUGGAGAGAGCCCAUAGACGGAGAGGCGCCAUAAUAGACCUACAGACAGCCGUUGAAGCACUCGGACCUAGGGUGGCGGAGACUCGGGUAUGUGACGGGAAUGAUGACGAGGGUUCCCCUCCUGACUGGCUUGGCUAUACAUUCCAAUGGGAAGGGUUCCGGGAGAUGCUGCAAAAUGCAUGGCGGAUGGCAGAUGUGCAAGACCUGUUGACCGAGUCUGCUACGACAAUCAGUCACAUGUCGUCUGGUAAUGGGGCUAUUAGUGAUACUUUGUCAAAGGACAAGGCGGAGACGCAGAAUUCCACGACAUCGUCGUCCGGCGUUUCGAAGGUGUCUUCUUUGAACCUGCUAUCCACGAAGACACCCACCACAGAGAAAAAGAUUCCUUCUUUUGGGCUGCUUUUGGCUGCAUCAACGUCAACCAACACUGUUGCGGAAGAUAACUCUAUUAUCGUGACCAGACCUCGUUUACACCGCACAAAGCACAGUGGUGCUAUUCCUACUGAUACCUGUGUGUCAUUUGGUUUACCCUCCCCCGCCACAACCGACCCAAACUGUGCCUCUCGCCCGAACACCGAGAGCGCCCUUUCACUGUUCUCAGAUAACGCCUUUCCCUCUCAACUAUCUUCCCCGCUACCUGCAGCCCAGCGUGUCAUCAACCCACCUGGUGCCUCCCGUUUGAACACCGACAGCAUGGUUUCCUUCCUCUCAACCAACACCUCUCCUUCUGAAGGAUUGUCUCCGCUACAUGCAGGCCAGCGCCUCACCAAAGCUGGUGCCUCCCGUUCGAACAUCAACAGCGUUGCUUCCUUAUACUCGAAUAACUCCUCUGCUGAGCUAUCUUCCCCAUUACCUGCAGACCAGCAUUCUACUGAGAAAACUGACGACUAUGUUCACUUGUUGUGGAACAACGGCUUUCUUACAGAAUUACCUUCCCCAUUCCUUACAAGUCAACACCUCAUUGCCGGAAAUAAAGCGAAACAAAAAUUACCAAGCGAUUGGACGCUCCAAGAAGUCGUCGAGUGGUUGAAGAGCAAAGGCUUUGACCAGAACGUUUGUAACAAGUUUAUAGAACAUGAAAUCACUGGUGAUGUCCUCCUCGAAUUGGACGUCAACCUACUCAAAACCGAGAUCGGAGUGAUGGCGUUUGGGAACCGCACGCGCAUCGCAAAUGCCAUCACUGACCUUCGCCAGUCCCAUCCUGUAAAUUCCACCGACCAACCUAUGGCGGGGAUAUCGUCUUCCUCAUCUCCCAAUACCCCGUCGCACUUUGACACUCAAGUUGAAGUUUAUCAAGAGAGAUCUUCAAUGCGGAGCUCGUUGCCACCUCCCUCAUCUCCCGAGCAGUAUACCCCGCUGCAUUUUAGUACACAAGUCCAUGAAAUUCGUCUGGAGAGGUCUUCGAUGUCUAGCUCGCUCAAGAGCAUGGUCUGGCAAAGGCGACCAACCUCGCUACCUGUGCAUCCCACCCCAUCAAAGGCCGAUAUCAAAGUCCACGAAACUCGUCAGGAGAAAUUUUCAACGUCCGAGUCAUCCACGGGCGUGGGUGGGGAAAUACUGUCUGCCUCACUGCCACUGCGUCGUUCCUCGCAACGCUCUGAUAAAGUUUCUGAAAUCCGUCGGGAGAGCCGUUCGCCUCCUACUCCCCCAAGGACCAUGUGCCGGCCGCUGCCUGCCAUUCCCCAAGUGUCAUCAACGCCCAGCGACUCGCUGAAUGGGGAGGCAGAGGAGGCUCGGACUUCGUUCAACGACUCUUGGCAAGCAACAGAAGAGGGAAAGAAAAUAGAGAAGACGACUCCAGACAUGGCCUCUAUCAGGCGCAACAGUGCGGACAAGCGCAGGAUAGCUCAAGCAAGCAACAAUAGCGAUCUACUUGUCAGAAAGGACUCUGUCGGUAUCGGUGCCAUGCUAAGCGGGAGCACUCUUCAUCCGAUUGGUGAACCCGAUCAUGCUGGGUGGCUGCGCAAGAAGAAUGAUCGAUAUAACUUCUGGAAGUCGCGGUACUUCAUCCUCAAGGGUCAGCAUUUGUAUUGGUUGAAGAGUGCCAAACCCUCAGAAAAGACCCCAAAAGGAAUUAUCGACAUUGUGGGUUACAAGAUCACCACCGUGGAUAACACCUUUGAUUCUUCUGGUCGUUAUGGAUUCCGGAUCGACCGUGAUCAAGAGAGGACAUACUUCUUUAGCUCUGACGACAAAAAUGCUAUUUGCGAUUGGACAAAGGCCAUCAUGAAGGCUACGAUUAGCUGGCAGGCACCUGUUGCUUCGUCGUGCAAUAUUUCGACGGUUCCCUUGUCUGUUGCACGAGCCAUGAACCCAGUUCCGCGUCCACCAUCACCAACCGCUCAAGAGGCUAUUCAGAGGUCGCUCAGACGGAGAAACACCGACAAUCUAUCAAGUCGUGAUACCCAUGUUCUUUUGGGACUUUCCUCCUACAAGGGUGAUGGCCAAGCUCUCUCGGACUCCCCCGCUGAACAAUGGCAAGAUUGUAUAUGGCUGCAAAAGCAAACGUCCCCACAGAAAUCCGUGCUUCGUCGUCCCUCAAUGCCGGAGAUGCGGAGGGUAAGCUCGACACGCUCCACGAUCAAUUCAGCAGAAGUGGAUGCAUUGGUACAGUGGGCCAACUCUCACCUCCCUACGUCCCUCCAAGUGCAAGACUCCAGCGCCUCCCUCUUCAGUGGCCUUGCCCUCCUGCGCCUCGCAGAGUCCAUCAAGGGCCCAUGCUCCCCCCCAGUCCCCGACAACGCCUUCCCAACUAAUCCCGGCGACGAAAGAGUCGAAGGCCUCUUUCGUCUAUUGGAGCUUUUGCUCAACAAUGGUGUGAAGAUGGGGAGGCUGAGCAUCAAUGACAUUCGGCAUGGGAGGAGGGAUAAGAUUCUGGCUCUUUUAAAGGCACUCAAGACCUGGGAAGGACAGUUGGUAGAAAGUUAUAGGGAACGAUUUAUCGUUCCCAUUAGUAUGUAG